GACUCAUUGGUAGCGUCGAUAAGAAAGUUGCUUAAUUUAAGUUAAUUUUUCACUUGUGUUUAUUUUAGUGUGAAAAUUAUCUGAAUAAGUGUCAAAAAAUAUAUCUUUGUCUAUUUUUUUUUAAAGUAACAUCGAACAAAAUGGAAUACCAAUAUCAAUAUCAAGCUGGAUUUGUGCCUCCUACAGUAUCACCGUUUGUGACAAAUUACAAUUAUGAUUCACAAUUUGAUAGUGAUGAUCUUUCGAGAGAUGCCUUGCCAAGUUUUGAGAUGAAUCCACAAAAUUAUAACAACAAUAAUGGCUUAAAUGAAGAGGUGGCUGGUGGUGAUGAGGAAGAAAGAAAACGAAUCCGAAGGGAAAGGAAUAAACAAGCUGCUGCUAGAUGUAGACAAAGACGUAUUGAAUAUACGAAUAGAUUGGCUCAAGAAACUGAAGAAAUGGCGCUUGGAAAUAUGCAACUCAGAAAUACCCUUCAUGAAUUAAUGCAGCUAAAAGCAGAGCUAGAAGAAUCUCUACAAGUAGUUACUAAAAGAUGUGCAUUUGUUUAACCGAGGAUUCCAGUUCUUAUUGACCGAUUUUUACAACAUUAUAAACCCUCAUUACCCUUGUGACUCAUCUUUCAGACAAUGGCUAACACAGUAUUGACACAUGAUGAAACAUAUUUUCAUUACUCUUUUUUCUUUGUCUUGUAUAUAACGUUUGAAAGAAACGCUAAAUGUUUCUCUUUAUCAAAUUUACUCUUUUUUAGAGAUUUUGCUGAUCAAAGAUUUGUCUUUAAACCCAACUGGAAUCUAAAUUUUGCCUUUCUGACCAAAAGAGACUCUAUUAAAAUCAAUUUUUCCAGUGGUAAAA